AGGAGAAAUGUCAAUAAUUCAAAUAAGUGACGAACAAAAUAACAAUAAUUUUUGUAUUUUUGUGUUUGUUCUCAUCUCUUGGGGUUGGCUUCUUGGUACUUCAUCGUUUCUUCUCCACUUGAAUAGAUUAAAUGUCUCUACAACCAAAAAAAAAUGGGAGCAAAGUAAGAAACAUAAGAAGAUGGGAAUGAAAUGUUUUUCACAAUUUUGUCAUGUGGUUGUUGUGGUUCUGCUGCUUUUAGUCUUCCCUUGCCUUAGCCUAUGCCUAUAUUCGUCUCCUUUCUCAGUUACCGGAAGGAGAUUGACGAGCAUAGAUAUGCCGAAUGAGGGAAUAAUAGCAGGAUCUUCAAUAAGUGUACAAGCACAAAAGAGAAAUAUUAAUUACCACGGGAGGAGACUGAUGCUCAUAGAAGCAAAACCUUCGAAGAGUAAAAAAGGUGGAGGUCGUCGUAGUGAUGAUCCUGGGAGUCCAGACCGACAUAAAUAAAGUUGGACAGUAUUGUUGUUGUUUAAAACAUUUGCAGUACCUAACCAUGCAAUAUGUAAUAGGAAGACUCGAACCAUAAUAUAUAUGUAUAUAUAUAGACUGAAAAAGAAAAAAAUAUUAUGUGCCGUACACUUUGUGUAGAGAGGAACCUCAUAAGUAGUAUUGGUGUCUUUACUUAACAUUUGUACUACCAAAUACUAGGGCUGUUGGCCUAAGUCUUUGAAACCUUGGUCGAGGAUAAAUAUAGUAUUGUAUUAAUUUGCAA